AUGAGUUUUGGUGGUUCUUGUAUCCUGACAGGAAUAGGAGCUUUGGCUUACAAGUUUGAUCGUAAUCAACAAUUCGAAAGAUUACCAGAAAGUGACGUCUUAUUAAAUAAAAUGAAUACAGACGUGUAUAGAAAAAAACUCCAACAACUAAAGAUAAGAAUACCUAGAUCUCUGAUUAAUUACUUUAAAGAUUUCUUCGACGGCACUUCCCAUUUAUAUCCCAUUAAAGGUGUAAUCGAGGUCACUGCAAAUGUGAAACUAUAUUCGGUGCCAAUGUUAACUAUAUUUACGUCUUAUUCAAUAAUGUAUUCUUUAGUAAGUAUAGCAUAUUGGGCAACAAUUACUCCAAUGUAUACUGCUGGGCUACUAUUUUUGGGCCCUCCUGGGCUAGCUAUCGCUAUUAUUCACACUUUUUUACACACAAAUGCUUUAACUUUGAUGUUUAUGAGAAUGUCACAUUUACAAAGUGCCCUAGUUAAAAGAACCGUAACCUUUAAAAAUUAUCAAAGUGUCUCCAAAACAAAACCAAUCAAGUUUUAUGUCCCUAUCCUAACAAAUUAUUUCUGGUUCUACUAUUUGCCUAAAAAAAUCCUAAAAUAUACUUCAGGUUUGUUCGUUUUCUUAGGUUUGAUGGGCGUUUGUUCAAUUCCAGUCAUUGGCCCUUUCCUCUAUACCUUAGCCAUAUCACCAUUUAUUUCAAGAAUUUACGUCUCAAAUAUAUAUCGUUUAAGAGGCAUGACUAACAAGCAGAGAUAUGAUAACUUUUUAGAUCAUUUAGGUAAAUAUACAGUCUUUGGAAUCUAUGCUGGGGUAUUAGAAUUAUUGCCUGUCAUUUCAGGACUAGCCUUAACAACUAACUCUGUCGGAGCCACCCUAUGGGGUAUGGAUGAUGAAGAGUAA